GGCUAGCUGUCAAUGUUAGCCCCGCCUUCCCAGUUUAGCCGGAAAAUGAGUGACACGCAGCUAGGACUGCUAAAUCAUGGCAGCAUUUAUGGAACGUUUAUCUUUCCUGCAGAAAAUCCCCACCUUGAUGAAGGCAACAGCAGAUGAUGAAGCUCCCUGUCCUGGCUACCUGUUCCAGGAGAUUGGAAAAAUCUGCCACGAGUCGUCUGGUUAUGGCCAGUGUUUGCUGGAAUAUCUCCUGGAGAGGCUUCAGGUGGAGUCGUGUCACGUCAAGCUGAAGGUGCUGAAGAUCUUCAUCCAUCUGUGCGGACACGGCUCAAAGCACUUCCUCACGGAGCUCAGAAGGAACUCCACCUUCAUCCAGCAGGCGUCGAUUUACAGCGGCGCUCCAGAUCCUGUCCACGGCACGGCGCUGUACCAGAAAGUGAGGAGUGCAGCACAGGAAGUGGCCCGUUUACUUUUUACGGAUGCAGUUUCCACCAAAGACAGCAUCGCUCCUCCCACCACAGGCCCAGCAUCUGUGGGAAUGGGGUCAGCAGGCUCCCAAAGGUCGGGGUUGCAGGGAUUCGGGUACAGUCCGGGGAAGCAGGGGACAGGCAGCGACACCCUGCUGGAUAAGAUCCAGAAGGCUGCGGAGGUGGUGGCCAGCGCCGUCCUUCCUCCCACCGAGCACCAGGGCAUCCGCUUGCAUGAGAACCACUACAGGGCAGUCGUGGCGCCAUCCGCACCCAUAGAGGUCGCCGUGGCAGCAUGCGCUUAUAACCUGCCCACUCGCAGACCAAAAGCCAGCCAGCGAUGCCCGGGCCAGGUGGGGGGCGGCUGGGAAGAGACGGACAGCAGCAACGGCUCCUCUCACAACUCCUCACAGGACAUGGCCGCCAACAGCACAGCUUCUGCUGGCAGCAAGUCAGCUGGCAGCAGGAGCCAAUCAGGAGCCAGCAGAGAGAGUAACGGGGACCCCUCUGAACGGACUGAAGCGCUGCAGCUGGGGGACUGUGGUCAGGAGAUGGCUUUGAUCAGCAGACUGACCGAAGGAUCCAAAGUUUUCCUGACCAGAGAGGAGAGUCAACAUUUCCUGAAAGAGUCUGUGCUUCUCUUCUUCUUCAAACUGCUCUGUCUCUCUCUCUCUCUUUCUCUCUGCUUUGUGUCGUCUACGCUAAUGUCUCUUUCUGUCCUUCUCAGGUGUUCUACUCUUAAUUGUGAAGUUGUGGUGGAGUUGCUCUCAAGCAAGCUUCAAGACCUAUCGUACACAGUUAAGAUGCGGGCUCUGUGUGCGGUCGCCUGCCUCAUGACCUCCGACCUUCUUGCUCUGGAGCAAAUAUUCAGAGCGACUCAGCUCAGACUCUGCCAGCUCAGUGAGGGCCCUCCAGGACCGGUGGCCAACAAGGCUACCAAGAUACUGCGACAGUUUGAGGCUCUGAUGGGCGGACCGCUACACGCCACCAGACAAAACCCGGCGCAGAGCAGCCAUCAGGCAACGCCUAAUCAGUGUCACCCCUCUGCACACUUGGAGAGCUCAGACGCAACAAACUCAGCCGACACCUUCUCUGGACCUAAUGAGUCUGAGCUCUCGUCCAGCAUCAUCCAACCGCAAAAUCUCCCGUCUUCGUCUUCCAGUCUGGAUGAGAGUUGGAGAGGCUCGACGUUAGAGCAAAUGGACGAUCUGGCCGGCAAUAAGGUCGAGUCGGUUAGGACUGCUGGAGACCCAGAGCUUACCGACAAAGAAAGUCCCUGUCUUACCUCUGAACCCGAGAGUAUGCCGGCCAAUCAGAGCAGCCUGAGUCUGUUUAGUGGAAUGGAGCUGGUGACCAGGGGGGCGGCGCCGUGCGGACGAGGCGUCCCGCACGCAGAGUCCGACAACACAGACGAGAGCGGACUUGACGCUGAAUGUUCACAGAACUCCUCCGUGGUUUGGAUUGAAGACAGAGAGGAGGAACCUUCAGGCUGCAGUCCGGUCUCAUCGGAUCCAGAACCAGUGUCCGUUUUCUCCUUUCUCAACUCUUGACUACCUGCUACACUUCUGUUCUAUGCUGAUGUCAAAUAUAUAGCCUUUCAGAAAGGGUUAUUUUAACUUAUUUUUUAUUUUAACCACUUAUAACUUUACCCCACGUGCAGCCAGUCAGGCAUAACAUUAUGACCACCAAUAUGGAUUUUUAAUUGCACCUUUCUGGCCAAUCACCAAUCUUUAAAAAGCUUGACCUACCGAGUCAGAUUUUGGCCGAUACCAAUUUUGCUAUAAGAGAUACCUGGUAGUACCUGGUAAACUUUAUGCUCACAAACAACACCUACAGAUGCCUUAUCGAUCGGGCUGUUUGCUUGUAGGAAUAGCAUGAACUGAGUUCUGUCCAUUUUUGUCAGGAUUAACCAAUUUUAGUCAGCAACCAUGUUGAGUAAAAAGCAUCAAGAUGAUGCUGGAACAGGCGUUUUUCAGGAUCCAUAUGGGGAAGUGUCUUCUGUUCUAGCAGGCCUGACUCUAGAGCCUUUAUUUGUGUCCAUAUUUUUAAAAUAUCUUAUUCUUUUUGAUAACUGUGGGAAAACUAUCGUAAUUUGUUUCUCAUCGUCAACAAUUCAAAGGAUUUCCGGCUCAAAGUCCCUUUGAGGCCUUUAUAGUCAAGUCCUCAAGGGCCAGCAUCCUUCAUCUUUUAAAUGUGUCCCCUGUCCAACACACCUGAGUCAAUAGCUAAACUACAUCCUCUGUAUGAAGUCAAGUUGUUCAAAGUGACCUAAAAAUGUGACUUCAGGUGGUUUGAAGCAGAGUCUAAAAGAGGACCAGAGUUUGACACCUGCGCUUUAAAGGAUCUUGGUGCCAGACACCAGAGCACACCCUCAGUUGAGUCCAUGUCUUAACUGGUUGUGGCUGAUGAACACACUACUUGACAAGGGUCAUAUUAUUAUGCCUGAACAGUGUCCCUGUUAGAUUAAGUUUUUUUUUUGUCUGUUUGCUGCUUUCAACAACAAUCUCAGUCAAGAGUCGGACUUGGAAAACUACAGAGAAGCAUGUCUGUCCUGACGGGGGGCUGAGGGUUUGCAAACUUCGAUGCCUUAGGUUUAUUUUCUGUGAAGUAUUAUAACAGCUGGGGUUGUAUGAAAUAACGGGAUAUCAACAUGCCUUACAAUGUUGAAAGGCAGUAAGCACAGAAUCAGAGAUUCAGAGAACAAAGAUUGUUUUUCAGCUCAUGGUUGCUUUAUCUCAGGAUUCUUUUUGUGUUUUUUUUUAAGUAACAACCAACACCUCUGGUGCAUGUUGGGAACCUCCUAUUUGUGAUUUGCACUACAGAUGCUUUUCUUUUAACCUCAAACCUUGGAAUGAAAUUAGUCUUCCAUAUGUUUUGUUACUAAGUUGUUAUGUGGGUGUUAAUAUUUCUUUACAUGAGGAAAAUGUCUGAAUAAUUGUAGUUGAAAGGUUGUAAUGUGCAUGAUUUAAAAUUGAAUGGAUUAUUUUUUUAUAUUUGGGGUUCUGAGUGUUUGAAGCAUCUGCAGUCUCUUCAAAUGUCACGUUACAUUUACAGACUACAGUAAAGUGCAGUACAACUUUAUGUAAAAAAAUAAACUGCUUCAGUGAAUACAAGCCAUGCUGCUGAACAAUAAAACAUGCUGUACUUUUGCUACAGCACAACCGCUUCA